CCUUCUGUUUAUUGGUUUUGCAUUUGCAUUGUCUGGUUUUUUACCGCUAACUUAAAAUGCUGUAACACGGCUAGAAGUUUGUCGUACAGUGGAUCGAGGAAAAGGAAUUCAAGGUCAAGAAAGAUAAACAAAAGAGCAAUUUUUUUUUUUCUUUAUAUUUUUCGUUCUUUUCUUGCAACAAAGAAAGAGAGGGAGAGACCAACUUGAGGGUGGUGUUGAAUUAGACAGAUUGGUUAAAAGCAAAGGAGUUGAAAAGCAUUGAUCUUUCUGUCUGUUUAGAUUAUAAGCAUUAUACGCGCUUAUCCCCUACGAGAGUCUCCUCUGCUCUUUCUCUGACUGCUGCUGUUUCUUCCUAUUGAAUCCUGGAAAGAACAAAAUCCAUACCCUUCUCUUUGUCUGUGUUGGAUUCAACAGGAAGAGCAAGAGAGAGAUACAUAUGGGGAUUUGCUGGGGUUCUCCAACUGAGAAAAAUUCAUCUCCAAUUACUACUGGUCAACUCAGCUCAGGGAUAUCUCAGACCACCAGCAAUACCACAUCUUCAGGGGAAAGUAAUAUCUCUAGGAAUAGUCGGUUCUCGGUGUCCAGCGGCGAUGAGAAUUAUCCAAAUGGGCAGAUCUUACCCACCCCAAACUUGAGGGUUUUCUCUUUUGCAGAAUUGAAGGCUGCAACCAAAAACUUUAGAGCUGAUACAGUGCUUGGUGAAGGAGGAUUUGGAAAAGUCUACAAAGGAUGGCUUGAUGAGAAAUAUCCAACAAAGAGCGGAAGUAGUACUGUGAUUGCAGUCAAAAAAUUAAAUUCUGAGAGCUUGCAAGGAUUUGAGGAAUGGCAGUCAGAGGUUAACUUCUUGGGGCGACUCUCUCAUCCUAACCUUGUAAAGCUGUUGGGAUACUCAUGGGAGGAUACUGAGCUGCUGCUUGUGUAUGAGUUCAUGCAAAAGGGCAGCUUGGAAAAUCAUCUAUUUGGAAGAGGUGCAGCUGUUCAACCACUUCCAUGGGACAUACGGCUUAAAAUUGCAAUUGGAGCCGCUCGAGGCCUGGCAUUCUUACACACAUCAGAGAAGCAAGUAAUUUACCGGGAUUUCAAAGCCUCAAAUAUACUACUUGAUGGGUCCUAUACGGCCAAGCUUUCUGACUUUGGCUUGGCUAAAUUGGGUCCUUCAGCUAGUCGGUCCCAUGUGACAACACGGGUUAUGGGAACAUAUGGUUAUGCUGCUCCUGAAUAUGUUGCCACAGGGCAUCUGUAUGUAAAGAGUGAUGUGUACGGGUUUGGUGUCGUAUUGAUAGAGAUACUAACAGGGUUGCGGGCACUUGAUACUAAUCGGCCAAAUGGCAAACAUAAUUUGGUAGACUGGAUAAAACCAUAUUUAUCAGAUAAAAGAAAGUUGAAAAACAUUAUAGACUCCAGGUUGGAAGGAAGAUAUCCAUCCAAAGCUGCGUUCAACUUAGCUAGUCUUUCUCUAAAAUGUAUUGAAGCUGAGCAAAAGCACAGGCCAUCUAUGAAAGAUGUCGUGGAAACAUUGGAAUGGAUUGAAACAGCUGCUGAAAGACCAAGGGAGCCUAGGAAUCGUUCAACUAACCGUGAGGCUCAUCGUCAGGGACAGCAACCUUUGCAUCAUCGUUCUCCACUUCAUCCUAGGCAGGAGUACGGUGGUCGAGCACACCAAUCCUCAUCCUCCUCAAAAGUAUACUCACAAAGAGUAAGGUCUCUUUGAUACAUCUGUUGUCUGCAAAUGCAGGGUUUUGUGGUAUGGCCGCUGUUGGUAAAUCACUUUGCUCUUAUGAUCUCAUAUCAGAUGGUUUCAAUUACUACAAUGUGUUUGGUGUCAUUGUAGUUAUCUUCUGUACUAAACAUGUAUUUUAGAUGUGAAGCUGUAAUUAUUUCAGUAGGUCUAUUGAACUGUGCUUAGCAAGCAGUUGGCAGACUCACUACUUUGUUUUUGUAGAGCAAUUUAUUAUUGCAUUAUAUCGCAUUACCCUUUGACCAACCAAAUCUAUCAUAAGGCAAAUUCAAACUUUUAUUC